CCCCGCAGCAGCCCCGGACCCCCCGAUACCGGCUCGGCCCCUCGGCAGCGGCUCCGGACGCCCCGUUCGCGUCCCCCCUUCCCGGUUCCCGGCCCUGCCCGUUCCCGUCCCCGCCCUAGUUCCGGCGCGGCCGUUUCCGUUUCCGCGCUGUCCCCGCGAUGCCCGAAGCGCUGUCGCUGCUGUGCCGAGUCCCCGCGCACCCCGAGUCCCGCUGCUGGGCCCUGGCCUGGAGCCCCGGCGGGGCCCUGCUCGCGUCCUGCGGGGGCGACCGCGCCGUGCGCGUGUGGGGACGGGCGGGCUCCAGCUGGACAUGCCGAGCGGUGCUGGGGGACGGGCACCAGCGCACCGUGCGCAGGGUCGCCUGGUCCCCCUGUGGCUCCUACCUGGCUUCUGCCAGCUUCGAUGGCACCACCUGUGUCUGGAAGCGGCAGGAGGAUGGAUUUGAGUGCGUGGCCACCCUCGAGGGGCACGAGAAUGAGGUGAAGUCAGUGGCCUGGGCACCCUCAGGGUCCCUGUUGGCCACGUGCAGCCGAGACAAGAGUGUCUGGGUGUGGGAAGUGGAUGAGGAGGAGGAAUAUGAGUGUGUGAGUGUCCUCAAUGCUCACACACAGGACGUGAAACAUGUGGUGUGGCACCCGAGCCAGGAGCUCCUGGCCUCUGCCAGCUACGACGACACGGUGCGUCUGUACCGGGAGGAGGAGGACGACUGGGUGUGCUGUGCCACCCUGGAGGGACACGACUCCACCGUCUGGGCCGUGGCCUUUGACAAGGAGGGGGAGCGUCUGGCGUCUGUCAGCGACGACAGGACCCUCCGGGUGUGGCGCCGGUACCACCCCGGGAACCAGGAAGGCGUGGCCUGCAGUGGCACCGAUCCCACCUGGAAGUGUGUGUGCACCCUCUCAGGGUAUCACAGCAGGACCAUCUACGACGUGUCCUGGUGCCACCUGACAGGUGCCCUGGCCACAGCCUGUGGUGACGACGCCAUCCGGGUGUUCGAGGAGAGCCCCACGUCGGAGGAGGCCCAACCCACCUUCAGCCUCACCGCCCACGUGCCCCGGGCACACUCCCAGGACGUCAACGGGGUGGCCUGGAACCCCAAGGAGCCAGGACUCCUGGCGUCCUGCAGCGAUGACGGGGACAUCGCCUUCUGGAAGUACCAGCGCCCCGAGGGCUGCUGAGGGGGACAGACCCCCUUGUGUGUCCCCUGAGCCCACCCUGGCCUGCUCCUCCUUCUCACCUGUGGGAGGCCAGGACAGCUGUGCCAGACUCUGGUUGGAUCCAGGAUCUGGAGCAGGACUUUCUCCCCUCUCUUCCCCCCCCCCCAAUAAAUCCAUGAGCUCCUGGCCUCUGGAUCUUCCUUCCACAAGUGGUUUGGAGCUUAUAGUUCUUGGGUUGAUGGUUGGACUCGAUCCUAAAAUCUCUUCCAACCUUCAGGAUUCCAUGAUCACACACCUGGGAUCUUCCUUUCACACUCCAGGAACCCUCAGAGUGACACAAGAGAGUGUGGGUGCUCCAUGGAUGAGGUGGCACGAGGGGACAGGACCACCCAAGGGGAAGCACUGAGGUGUUGGGAUCAUCAUAGUUUUCCCAGAAAUGUCCUAAUUAGUGCUGCUGAUGAGCUGGUUGAGCCUCAGGGUGAAGGCAGAGCUCAGUGAGUCUGGAGUCACACUUUUUCCCCCCCUCCUCACCCCAUCAGCACAGAGUCAGGUCCCGAGAUUUAUUGCAGUUGCUGUCAUGCAGCUCCUGCCUAGAAAACACUGUACAAAGCAUCCACACUUUAAAAAACCAAAGGAAAACACGUGGAAAACACAUGGAAACAACACAAAGGGAGGGGACACGAGUGCUGUGGAGGUUGGGAGUGGGGGGCUGAGCUCCGGGGGGGAUCCUCUGGCCUGGGAUCAGUCAGAGUCGCUGUCGCUUUCUGCCUCCUUCACGUCUACACUGAACUUGUACUCCUGGUCACAGCCCAUGUAGGCGUCACUCAUGAAGUACAAUGUGUAGUUGUGAGUCCCCGUGGCUGGAGCCACGAAAUCCAGCUUGACCUGGGUGGGGAGGGGGAGGUGUUGGGAUGGCAGCAGGGACAGCAGGGAAGGUAAGGUGCCCAGUGCCACCCCCGGUGCCACCCCCUACUCACCUUGGCCUUCUGCUGCAGCGUCAGGCGCUUGAUGGAGAUGAGGCUGUUGGACUUGGAGUCUCCGAUCACCACCCACCAGCCCUCCUCACGUUUCUGAGGGGGAGGGAGGAGCAAACAGCUGCACCAGCACCACCACGGGCCCUCCACUGCAGGAACAGAACCACAGGAUCGUGGAAUGAUUGGGGUUGGAGGGACCUUAAAUUCCACCCAGCUGGAGGGACCCCAAGGCCACCCACCUGCGGAUGCUGUCCUUGUCCACCACCUCGUAGGACAGCUCGAUGUUGGGGUAGCGGUUGCAGAACCGGGCGACAUCGGCGAUCUGGGCAUCUGAGAGCUGCAGCAGCGCGUUCCUGUCCUCGUCCUCCAUCUCCAUGAUGUCAAACACGCUCUCCACACCCUGCAAGGAGGGAUUUUUUCAGCCUGGAGCUUCCCGGCACUCCGAGGGCAGGACCCUGGUGCUCCUCCCACCAGGAUUUUACCUUGUCCGUGCAGCGCUUGAUGUGCUCCGAGGUGAAGUGAGGCAGCUGCUUGAGGUAGGAGUCCUUGGACCACAUGGCCUGGGUGACCAUCUGGGCCAGCUCCAUGGCGGCCAGAGCUGGGCUCAGCCACCCAUUGCUGGACAGCACGUCCACGCAGGCCUGGAUCAGUCGGAUCGCCUGGACAUGGGGGACAGAACGGGUUAAGGGGUGGAGACGGUGACACGGGGAGUUGGGUUGGUGUGCCCAGGGUUUGGUAGUGGAGGGGCUACAGGGUUGGAUUCAGUGAGAAACUGCCAGAAGUUUGCCCCGUGUCCAGCAGAGCCAAUUCCAGCAGAGCCAGGACAGACCCACCACUGGCCAAAGCUGAGCCCAGCAGGAAUGACAGUUACACCUCUGGGAUAACAUGUUUAAGGAAAAAGUUAUGGCACAGAUGGAACUGGGUGCAGGGAGGAGCAGAGUGAGAACAUGUGAGAGGAGCAGCCCUGCAGAGCAGGAGGAGCAACAUGGUAUGAACUGACUGUGACCCCCAUUCCCAUCUCUGGAGGUAGGAGGGAGAGCCUGGGAAGGAGGGAGGGGAAAGUGUUUUUUGAAGACUUAUUUAACUUUUCAUUAUCCUGCUCUGAUUUGGUUGGUAAUAAAUUCAAUUCCUAUCCCCA